AUGGUGUCUCCCAGCCCUGACAAGGCAAAUGGCUACGACGUUGAGGCCCAGGCGGGGCUCGCUCGUUACCUGACAAAUAACACAGUUCAGUCGUUCUCAUGGCGGAACCUAAAUGUGACGGUCAAGGAUCACAAAAACAAACAGCCUUUGUCAAUACUGACCUCAAGCUAUGGUUUGGUGGCAGCUGGACAAGUCCUAGCGUUGAUGGGUCCGUCAGGUUCGGGGAAGACGACGUUGCUCAACGCUCUAGCCCAUCGUGUAGCGGCAAGCAAUGCCCAAGUCGCUGGAGACAUCAUGAUGGACGGUCAACGAGCGAAUCGCACAAUGCUGAGGCAGGCUUCGAGCUACGUGGAACAAGAAGACGCACUCAUUGGAAGCUUGACUGUCAGGGAAACAGUGGAUUUCGCAGCCAGACUGUCUUUAGGCCAGACGAUAUCUUCUGCGGAACGCCACAACCGGGUUGACUCCCUUAUCGCUGCCUUUGGUCUAAAUCAGCAGGCAAACACGAUCGUCGGCACACCAUUGCAGAAGGGCAUCAGCGGUGGACAGAAGCGACGUCUCGGAGUUGCGAGUCAGCUCGUGACGUCGCCUUCAAUUCUCUUCCUCGACGAGCCAACAAGCGGGCUAGAUUCAGCGGCCAGUCGUGAGGUGAUGUCCUACAUUUCUGAUGUCGCAAAACAGCACCACAUCAUCGUUAUCGCUUCCAUCCACCAGCCGUCCAGCUCGACCUUUGCCUUGUUCGAUCAAUUUCUGCUCCUCUCCGCUGGCAAGACCUGCUUUCAAGGUCCGACUUCCGAGACCCAAGCAUACUUCGAGCGCAUUGGCCGCCCCAUCCCUGGUCACUACAAUCCUGCAGAGUAUCUACUGGAUCACGUCAACACCGAUUUCGCGAAAGACCGAGCCCGUGCAGAUCAACAACUUCAGCAGGUCCAUGAUGCUUGGGAGUCCUCAGACGAGAACCAACGCUUGAUUGAGCGGACGACAGUACAGUCGCCCCCCGAGAAGAGUGUGACCUCUUCGUCAAAGACAGCAAGUAGCUCUCGAGCAGCCCUUAUUCUCCUGCAUCGGAACUGGAUCAAAGCCUACCGGGACUUGUUGACCUAUGGAACCCGGAUAGCCAUGUAUCUAGGCCUGGCCAUCCUUAUGGGCACGGUCUGGCUUCGGCUGCCAUAUGAGCAAACCUCUAUCCAGCCUUUCAUCAACGCCAUCUUCUUCGGUGGUGCCUUCAUGUCCUUCAUGGCUGUCGCUUACGUCCCGCCAAUGAUCGAGGAUCUUCAGACAUUCCGCAAAGAACGUGCGAAUGGUCUCUAUGGACCACUAUCGUUUACUAUUGCGAACUUCUUGAUCGGACUACCGUUCCUGUUCCUCAUCGCUUUAUUGUUCUCGGUGGUCACUUACUGGCUAUCGAAUUUUCGGUCCAGCGCCGGUGGCUUCUUCUGGUAUCUGCUUUGGCUCUUUCUGGACUUGCUGGCUGCUGAGGGACUGGUGGUGCUCGUCACAUCCGUUGCGCCGAUCUUUGUGGUGGCUUUGGCAGUCACCGCUUUCGCCAAUGGCCUCUGGAUGUCUGUGGGAGGCUUCCUGGUUGACCUGGGAAGUCUGAACGUUUUCUGGAAAUACGUUUUCCACUACAUUGACUACCAGGCCUAUGUAUUCCAGGGCAUGAUGGUCAAUCAAUUUCGAGACACCACUUAUACUUGUGCUAGAGUUGACGGAAAGGCACAGUGCAUGUACUUGAGCGACCUGGCUGCGAAAGGGAAGAUCAGAGGGACGGCCGUACUUGACGCGUACCACUAUGCUCACGAUGAUAAGCAUAUUGGGAAAUGGGUUGGUAUUCUGAUCAGCAUUAUCGUGGUGUAUAGGCUGCUUGGGUAUCUUGUGCUGCGUAUACAGAAGAGUUAG